GGCACCGAGUCUCAGUGGGUCAAAGGUGAUGAGCGCGAGGCUCUGCAGCAGCGGCUGAGGACAACAGACUGGCAGUUCCUGUUCUCCCUAGAGCCCUCAAAACGGGCCUAACAUACUAAAUUGGUGGAGUGCGUGCAUGCAGUGAGCUGAAUUCGACGUGCUAAAAGGGUGAAGAAAUGGCAAGUCGGGUGUCAGAGUCUGUUCCUGAGCGGACCUUUCAGUACCAAGACAGCCUGCCCCCCUUACCUGUCCCUUCACUUCAAAGCAGCCUUUCUAAAUACUUAGAUGCUGUUCAUCCAUUCGCAACGGAGAGAGAGUUUGCAGCUACAGUGAACAUUGUGAAGAAAUUCCAAGAUGGCAUUGGCAAAGAGCUGCAUCAGAAACUUCUACAAAGAGCCAGGAACAAGAGGAACUGGCUGGAGGAGUGGUGGUUAGACGCGGCGUACCUGGAGGUCCGCAUCCCUUCUCAGUUAAAUGUAAACUUUGGUGGUCCUGCUCCAUACCUGGAACAUCAUUGGCCUCCAGAAGAUGGAACUUGUCUUCAGAGGGCCAGUAUUAGCACUUGGUACUCACUACAGUACUGGAACCUGCUCCACACAGAGCGAUUGGCUCCUCAGAAAUCAGGUAAAACUCCAUUCGACAUGGAUCAGUUCAGAAUGCUCUUCAAUACCUGCAAAGUACCUGGAGUAAAGAAAGACUCCAUUCAUAACUACUUCCAAACAGAGAGUGAGGGACCGUGCCCGUCCCAUUUGGUGGUUAUGUGUCGCGGACGGAUCUUUACUUUUGAUGCACUUCAUGAUGGACAAAUCCUCACUCCUCCAGAACUUCUCAGGCAGCUGAGUUAUGUGAAAGAGCGCUGCGACAGGGAGCCAUUGGGAGAAGGCGUGGCUGCUCUCACCUCAGACGAGCGCACCCGUUGGGCAAAGGCAAGACAACAUCUAAUAAGCAUCGAUCCUCACAAUGAAAGCAUCCUGGAGACCAUUCAGAGCAGCCUGUUUGUUAUUUCACUGGAUGAGUCAAAACCCUAUUCCACCCCAGAGAACUACACAAAUAUGACCGUGGAAGCCCUGGCAGGAAACCCCAUGAUCCGCUGGGGUGACAAAUCAUACAACUCUAUCGUUUUUUCAGACGGCACCUUCGGAUCCACGUGUGAUCAUGCUCCAUACGAUGCCAUGGUGCUCGUGUCUAUGUGCUGGUAUCUUGAUCAGGAAAUCAAGGCUGCAGAAGGCAAAUGGAAGGGGUCAGACAGGGUCAGACAGAUGCCUCUUCCUGAAGAGCUGCUGUUUACGUUGGAUGAGAAAGCACGCAGUGACAUCAGUCAUGCCAAACAGCAGUAUUUGGAAUCUACUAAAGACCUUCAGAUUGUGUGUUACGCCUUCACAGCGUUUGGAAAAAGUGCCAUUAGAGACAAGAAGCUGCAUCCAGACACGUUUGUUCAGCUGGCGAUGCAGCUAGCUUAUUACAGACUGCACAAGAAGCUUGGGAGCUGUUAUGAGACGGCAACGACACGCAAGUUCUUCCAUGGCAGGACAGAGACCAUGCGACCAUGCACCCAGGAGGCUGUGAACUGGUGUAGAGCCAUGAUGGACCCCACAUGUAAUGUGAUUAACAAGAGAAAAGCUAUGCUAGUGGCUUUUGAUAAACACAACAAACUGAUGGCCGAAGCUCAAAAUGGAAAUGGUUUUGACAGGCAUCUUCUUGGGCUUUACCUCAUUGCCAAAGAGGAAGGAAUACAAGAUCUAGAGCUGUUCACCGAUCCCCUCUACUCAAGGAGUGGGGGUGGAGGUAACUUUGUGCUGUCAUCCAGUCUGGUGGGAUACACAACAGUUUUGGGGGUGGUGGCUCCCAUGGUGCAUCAUGGCUACGGCUUCUUCUACCGCAUUAGGGAUGACAGGAUUGUGACUUCCAUCUCCGCUUGGAAAUCCUGCCAUGAGACAGACGCGCCUUCACUGUUUAAUAACUUCUCCAGCUCCCUGCAUGAGAUGCUUCACCUGGCCACUGUGUCUCAGCUCUAAGGAACUUGAAAGAUUUUUUCCUUCCUGUUUUAGUUUUUACUUUCACUGUGUAAACUAGCACAAAUCAAUGCAAAGGUGCAGAAUCUGUGCAGAUUAUGAUCUUGUUCUUAUUUCUAGAACAUAAUUUAGUUAUUUGGCAAUUUUUCCUCCUGACUGGACUUUUCUAGUGAUUAUAGUUUUUGUGGAUAAUUAAUUAUAAAUUUGGAAUGUUUUAGUUGCAUUUGAGCCUUAAGGUAGAUAAAACUACAAAAAAGGAGAAAAAAAUACACUGGCACUUCUGUGAUGGAUCACAUUUUUUGUCUGGUUUGAGUUAAUAGUAAAUUGUUGUGAGCUGUUCUCUCAUGGGGCAUCAAACGCUCUUCAUUGAGUUAUUGGAUAGCUGAGAAGAUUAACCCUUGUGCUAUUCUAGGCACCUUAACAUUAAGAGUUUGGUCAUCUAGCCCACUAGACAGUGCGCUGAACCUUUUUUCUUCAAUGAUUUUUGAUCUUCACUGGUGUCCAUGGAUUACAUGAGAUCUUUCCACCUUAAUCCACCUUUGUCAUGGUAGGGAGAACAUGUCAAUCUGAGGGUGGGGUCAUCUAAGAUAGCACAAGGGUUAAGGAAAGAAAUCACGGGUAUCUUCACUCACAGCAAAAAGGGAAGAGAUGCUCAGUUUUUAGUUAUUUUCUCCACAAUUUACUAACAAGACUUAUUUUAUGCCUUAAGAUAGGAUAAAAUGUAACAUUUACCUUUAACAGGGUUUUAACUGGAAAAUCAGUGUCAUUGUUUUUCUCCAUUUAUUUCUGCCUUUUUUAAUGCACUUCAGUCUGAUGUGAUGUGUUUUUGUGUUUGUUACACAAAAAAUCGAGUGAAUGUUGAUGACAGCCACACUGACGCUGUUCUAAUACACCAAGUUUAAUAAUAUUGUCAAGCUUUUCAUGCAGUCUAAAAUCUGAAGGAAAACAUUUUUAGACUCAAACUGAACUAGUUCUCACAAAUAGUCGAGUUCAAUUUCUUUUUUUUAAAUUAUGGGCUGUUUUGAGUUUGUCGACCUGCACAUAAUCUUGCAUAACUCAAUUGCACAUGAAAACCUUUCUUCCUGCUUUUUUUUUUAAUUCACUGAACCAAAACUUUCUAUAGGUGCACCUUAUAGAAACUGGAUUAUGCACAGCUCUCCAGAUAUAGAUUGAAUGGCUUCAACUGCAUUAUAAAGUAUUACAUCUGUGACUAAUGAUUUUUACCUUUAAAACCCUACAAUAAUCAGCCUUCUAAGCUAUAAUGAACUGUCAAAGAAUCAGGUAAUUUUUUAUUGAUAAGGAAAGUGACCAUUUAUCUCUAAAUGCACUGUUAUACAUGUGAUUGUUCUGACAAAUAAAUGUAAAUUUUA